ACCCAACUCAACAAAACAAAUGUCCGAUUUGUGCACCCAUUUCGUAAGUUCCCUGAACGACAAUUUCGAUUAACGCCCAUUCUAAUUAAUGUUUUAUGAAACGUGGGCUUAGUUACUUUGUAUUUUACUUAGCUAUAUUCUAUAAAUAGUUAGUAUUUUCUACGUAUAAUGUUUUUUCUAAAGUGUGUGUAUGUAAUAAACCUAAACCAGUUAGCGAAUGGAAUCGAGUUUCAUUUUUUGAUUUUAUAAGUGUUUCGUAUAUUGUGUUCAGAUAAUGAAGAUAUCUGCUCGUGCCGUAUAAAUAAAUUUGCACUCAGGAGUUGCUACAAGAUGGCAGAAAAAAGUGUUCUCUUUUCACUACUUUUGGACAAGUGCUAGGACUAUUUUGAUUCUCAAUGUCUCGUUUGUGCUUUAUCGAUGAAUUCACUAAAGUCACUCUGUGUCAUGGUGUUAACAAAGAGUAAAAAAGUGAAGACACCAUCAGAAGCGAGUGCAUCAAUCAUGGAGUGCAACCGGACACCUGGUUUAGAACCAGCCAGCAACCAAGAAGUGGGUGUACCCAGGGCUAUCUUCAGCCCCCAUACAAACUCCUUGCCCUUUGAAGAGCGACGUGUCACUGUAGAACAAGCAGUUAAGAUUGGGCGAAAUGUAUACCGAGCCACCCCGUCGGCGACCAACACGAUAUUCGAAUGUCGCGUGCUGUCGCGACACCACGCCACGCUCUAUUACGACAAGGGACAUUUCUACCUUGUGGAUAACCAGAGCAGCAACGGCACGUUCGUGAACAACUCUCGAUGCUCGCUGUCGAAGGAGCCGCACGAGGUGUUCUCCGGCGAUCUCGUGCAGUUCGGCAUACCGGUCGUCGAGAAUGUUGGCAACACGGAGAAGGUGAGAGUUGAAAACAACACGUUCCCGCCGGUGAUAGCGUUGCUCAAGCUGUACCACCCGGACGGUCGCGAGGCCAAGCUGUCCGUCACCACCACCAUGACCACGCCCCUGCACCUCGAGGAGAUAUACCAGCUCAAUAACUUCGUACAGGAAGCGAUACAACGCGAGGCGGCGCUCGAAAGUCGGCUUCGGACUCUACGGGAGUGCGUGGAAAAGACACGGGCGGAGGCGGCGGCGUCCUGGGAGCUGUUUGUCGGCGAGCAGCGCUUGCUGAUGCGAGUACACACGCUCGAGCACAUGCUGGCAGCCGGCCGCGCGCCGGAACAGCACCAUAUAGCUGACCUGCUCACUGACAAGCGCAACUACCAGGAGGUGGCGCUGGAGAGCCUGCGUACGGCGCAUGAGCAGCGCCUGGCGCUAGAGGAGAAGGUGGAGCGGCGCAACCGCGAGGUGGCCGCGCUGCACCACCACAACUACGCGCUCCGGAUGGCCGCCAACAACGCGCUGCAGGAGCUACAGAAAUUGGCGACGCGGUGCGAGCGCAAACUGUGCGCGGCGCGGCUGGCGAUUGCGGCCGCGGAGGAUCGGGAACUCACGCUGAGAAAACAUCUGCCUCUCGCGUACUCAGUACAAAACGGCGAGGCGAAGAUCCUAGUUGUCUGCACGGACAGCAACAAGCUUCAGGAGGCCAAGAAGGGCGGCUCUCUAGAAGACGCUGUUCUCUCGCUGCCAGACUACAUCAAGCUGCUCCUACCACAGAACUUACUGAAUAAGGUGGGAAUAAAAUCGAUAACCGCCGAUGGAAAAUCUCCCAAAGAAAUCGAAUUAAUAUUGAAAUCAAAUAAUUUUAACUCAGACAAUCUUGAAAUAAAGACUGAGAGUGAAAAUGUCGUAGAAGCAAAGCCAAAUGACACAGACUCGUGCACAGACGACGAGAAGAACUCUAGACUGAAUAAUGAUGCAGGACACGAGACGGAGUCCUCGAGUAACUUGGAUGGUGAAAUGGCACCGGACAACAAUGCCAACUCAAAAUUCAACGAUUCAGAUAGCAAAGAAGAUUCUGGUAAAGCGGCAGUCGAGAUGGCGAACAUACUCCGCGUGAUGGGCGGUCUGAACGAGGAGAUACGCGUGUUGCGCGAGCGCGUCGCGGCGUGCGGCGCCGAGAACGCGCAGCUGCGGGCCGCGCGCGACGAGCUGCUCGCUGCCGGCGACGUGAGGGAUACUGAUGCUGAAGACGCCGUCGCCGUUAGAGCGAGGCUGGCUGAUCUGCAGGAGCAGCUGGCGAGGUCGACGGUGGCGGAGGAGGCGAACAUCGCCGAGAUACAGAGGCUAGCGUCCAGCGCCGCCGAGAUGCAGGCCGAGCUCGCCUUCCGACCCACUCGGGCCGACGUCGACGACCUCACGUCCGUCAUCGGGAAACUUCGAGAAGAUCUGCUCGAGCGGGAGAAGACGAUCGAGUACCUCGAGAUGACGAUCGAGAGAAAAAACACCGGCAUUGACAAAGCCGUGGAAACGUCCGCCUCGCUCGAGGACCUGCGAGAGGAGAAACUCGACGCGAAGAGAAUAUCGGAGGAGAUCGACGAGAUAUUCCAACUGAACUACGACGACGACGAGGAGACGGACUCCGUCGCGACGGAGAUCAACGUCGCGUCCGACCAGUCCGACGAGUACGUGCGGCUAGACGACGAGAAGCGUUUGGAAGUGACGCUCAACAAUGGAACGCUGCACGCGCUAGAGGAGGAACUGGUGCGGGUGAAGGAGAGCUGGGAGGCGGUGAACGCGGAGCGCGCGCGGCUGGCAGCUCAGCUCGCCCGCAGACAGGGCCCCGACAUCACCCGCUACCUGGUGGUCGCCCUGCCCAUCCUCGCAGCCCUGCUCGUGUGGUUCCUCCAACCCCAGGCCUCCUGAUUGACGGCCACCUGGGACCCGCCCGGGUACAAGUAGCGAUAUGCGACGGGUUGUAAAUUCGCGAUUAACCAAAUUGUAUAUGUUUCGAGCGAAGAUGUUAUGUGAUGAGGCCGCUCCUAUAUGCUGCAAAUUCUCGCCCGUGAAACGACUUUCCUCCCGAGGCCGACGUAUUAUAGUCUAGACAAAUUAAUAUAUAAUAUUUUCAAUGAAUUGUAAUUUUAUAUUUUACGAGCUUUGUAUCGGUGCGAGGUGCGGUUUUGAUCGAUGAAAUUGUAUAGAAAGUGCCAUUAAAAGCGUGGCUCCGCGUUGCGUCACUAGUGCCGUUCGGGUGUACGUGACUAUCGAUAAACUCGUCUGCCAUAAUACUGUAAAUUAUUGUUACUCUUAAGGCCUACCGGCUCUGUUGAGUCGUACUAAAUUAUUGUUAGGACGUUUUCGAGUCGACUGAAGUCGGAAGCUUUUCCCUCUUGUUGAUAGUUCGUUGAUAUUUGUAACUGUGUUCAUCGAGAUUGGAGUUCGCCGGUCGUCGGAACUCGGCUGUCGCGAUAUCGCUCGGUUCGUAAUAAACUACACAUAUCACUCGUAUAAAU